AUGUCUUACACCACCCGCAAAGUGGCCGCCGCCAACACGCUCGAGCACCGCAUCUUCAUCGAGAAGGACGGUCAGGUCGUCUCGCCAUGGCACGACAUCCCGCUCUACGCCAACGAGCAGCAGACGGUCCUCAACAUGGUUGUUGAGGUGCCCCGCUGGACCAACGCAAAGAUGGAGAUCUCCAAGGAGGAGCAGCUCAACCCCAUCAAGCAGGACAUCAAGAAGGGCAAGCUCCGCUACGUGAGGAACUGCUUCCCCCACAAGGGCUACCUCUGGAACUACGGCGCCUUCCCCCAGACAUGGGAGGACCCCAAUGUUGUCCACCAAGAGACCAAGGCCAAGGGCGAUAACGACCCAUUGGACGUGUGCGAGAUUGGCGAGCUGGUCGCCAAGCCCGGUGAGGUCAUCCAGGUCAAGGUCCUCGGUGUCAUGGCUCUGCUCGACGAGGGCGAGACCGACUGGAAGAUCAUGGUGAUCAACGUCAACGACCCCUUGGCGCCCAAGCUCAACGACGUCGAGGACGUUGAGCGCCACCUGCCCGGCCUCCUCCGCGCCACCAACGAGUGGUUCCGUAUCUACAAGAUCCCAGACGGCAAGCCCGAGAACCAGUUUGCCUUUUCCGGCGAGUGCAAGAACAAGAAGUACGCCAUGGACAUUGUCCGCGAGUGUGCUGAGGCUUGGGAGAAGCUCAUCACGGGCAAGACGCCCAAGGACGAGAUCAGCCUGGCCAACACUACCGUGUCUACCUCUGCUGACCGCGUCGACCCCAGCUCGCUCAACAUUCCUGCUGGCGAGAACAAGGCCCCCGCCCCCAUUGACCCCAGCAUCGACAAGUGGUUCUACAUAUCUGGUGCUCCUUCCAACUAG